AUGGGAUCCCACAUUCUGGACAUCCUCUUCCAAGGGAUAUGGGCUUCAGUGACCGGAGGAUGGUUCUACGACCCACAGCAGCAGGUCUUUUGCAACACAUUUCAUUUGUAUCUGUGGGUUUUCUUGCUGGCGCUGCCUCUGAUUCUUUACUCGACACUAGAGCCUUCAGUAGUGGUAUGGAGUAUAUACUGCUGUAUGAUUGGCCUUCUGUUCGGCAUCAUAAAGAUCGUGAACUACAGACUUCAUCACUUGUUUGAUACUGGAGAAGCAGAAGAAGAAUGUCCCUCAGGGCCAACAAGUGCUUCUGGAGAUACUGGGGCGAAAGGGGGUGAUAUGAAAGAAAAUGAGUACAUUGAGAUGACAUCAAUGGGGACAUCACCUGCAGGAGGGGACCAGCCAGUACCUUUAUCAACAGUGUCCUCACAGCUAGAAAUGGGAAAGGAUUACUCAAAUGAGCCGCUACCUUCGCCUGUUCCACUGAAGGCUGGAAAAACAGAUAAAGCACCACUGGCUGAAAUAGAAGGUUACGACAUUCCAGCUGGUCAGUUGGGGAAAGUGACCAGACAUGGCAGUAACAGCAGUGGAAAUGAUGAUGAAGAUUCACCUGAUCAAGAUGACGAUGUCCCACGAAUGAUUACAACACAGGCUGAGAUUGAACACACACCUAUGUCUUCUUCCACAGCUGAAGAGCUGCAGGAAAAUCGGGGAGAAGUUGUGAAUGAAAUUCAAACUGCAGCCCAUAAUUCAGACGACAGUGAGGGCACAGAUGAUGGUUAUUGGGUGGCCAAUGCAGCUGAACAUCCUGGAGAUGACAGUGUGAAGGAACAGGUUGGUGUGGAACCACAGCCUGAUGACAUGCAGAUAGAGAGCAACAUUAAUGAAACUACCAGUAGGGAUAAUACCAAAAAUGAUGAGUCAAAAACUGUUGAAUCAUCAGCAGAGAAAACAGAACACAACAGCACUAGUGACUCAGACCAUGUGAGGCCAAAGCUGCGAAUGAGGAAAGAGAGACGGGCAGUGAGGCGCAGCAAAAGCACAGCUGAAUGGAGCCCUACAGCACCAAAACCCACACACAAGGCUAGAGUGUCGUCUCGGUCGCUGAACAUGCCAGCACCUCCAAGCUCUCGUCCAUCCUUACAACAUCCAUCAACAUCUAGCAACAGUGACUGGUAUGAUAAUACUUGUCGUGACAUCAUCACUUACACUUUCAUUGCCCUCGGCUUUUCCUCUUGUGCCAUUCAUCAAAUAAUUAAUUGUCUCAAUAGCUUUAACUGUGCUGACACUGCAUCCCAUACGACAGAAUCCAGCAGCUCUGCUGCGGGGGAGCCAGACAUGGGCAGCAUGAGGCCUCCCAAAGAGCUAGAUCUUACUACCCCUAGCAGCCCUUCAGCAGAAGAUUUAGCACUCAUGAGAAGCCAGGGAGCCAUUCCUAAAAAGAUUCAAUCUCAUUCAGUUUGUCAGAGUAACUCACUGAAAGAAUCAACCAGCCCUGGAUCCACUGACUUAUCUGAUCCUGAGGAGAUAAGACGGCGUCUGAUUGAGAUUCUCUGGGACCCCCAUCAGCACACGGAGGAGUUACGGCAGCUGCAGCAGUUUGUAAAAAUGAAAA